AUGCCAACCAAACAGAAACUUGUUAAAAUCUUAUCUAAUGAUAUAAUUAUCAACUCAGAUGCUGAAACUGGUGAAAGGAGCCUAAAUGCUAAUGUGGACAUGCACCAUAAUGAGGUGGAGGAAGAAAGGGUUCCUGAUACACCAACUUCAUCAGAAAGCCUGAAUCAUAUGCAGAGGAAACUGUCGUUUUUAGGGAGACGGGAAUCAGGAACAGAGGAAUCACUUGACGGGAUGAGUAUGAUCAGCGAGCAAGAGAGCAUAGAAACAACAGAAAAGCUCAAACCUGACCUGCUUUCCGAGAGAAAGGCAUUGAGAACAUUAUAUAAAGAACUCGAGGAAGAGAGGAACGCCUCAGCAAUCGCUGCAAACCAAACAAUGGCAAUGAUUACUAGGCUUCAAGAAGAGAAAGCAACAAUGCAGAUUGAAGCCUUGCAGUACCAAAGAAUGAUGGAAGAACAAUCCGAGUAUGAUCAAGAAGCGCUGCAGAUGAUGAACGAGCUCGUAGUGAAGAGGGAAAAAGAGAAGCAAGAGCUUGAGAAGGAGCUCGAAGUAUACAAAAAGAAGGUGAUGGAUUACGAAGAACGAGAGAAGAUGAGGAAGAUGAACUUUUGCCUGACCCAACUGAUGAACAUGUACUAUUUUUUCGACCCACAGUCCCACAUCGGAAGAUUAAUCAAACAAUAA